AUGCUGCUGGAGCGGGUCCGCGCCGGCUCCGAGAAGGCCGCGGAGCUCUGCCCCUUCCCGCGGAGCCCAGAGAUCCCGCUGUGCGCCGGCUGCAACCAGCACAUCGUGGACAGGUUCAUCCUCAAGGUCCUGGACCGGCACUGGCACAGCAAGUGCCUGAAAUGCUCCGACUGCCAGACGCAGCUGGCCGAGAAGUGCUUCAGCCGCGGGGACGGCGUGUACUGCAAGGAGGACUUCUUCAAGCGCUUCGGGACGAAGUGUGCCGCCUGCCAGCAGGGCAUCCCCCCGACCCAGGUGGUGCGCCGGGCCCAGGACUUCGUGUACCACCUGCACUGCUUCGCCUGCAUCGUCUGCAAGCGGCAGCUGGCCACCGGCGACGAGUUCUACCUCAUGGAGGACAGCAGGCUGGUCUGCAAGGCGGACUACGAGACGGCCAAGCAGAGAGAGGCGGAGUCCACAGCGAAGAGACCCCGCACCACCAUCACCGCCAAGCAGCUGGAGACCCUCAAAAAUGCCUACAACAACUCGCCCAAGCCGGCGCGGCACGUCCGGGAGCAGCUCUCCUCUGAGACCGGGCUGGACAUGCGGGUGGUGCAGGUCUGGUUCCAGAACCGGAGGGCCAAGGAGAAGAGGUUGAAGAAAGACGCCGGGAGGCAGCGGUGGGGCCAGUACUUCAGGAACAUGAAGCGGUCCCGGGGGACCUCCAAGUCUGACAAGGACAGCAUCCAGGAGGAAGGGCCUGACAGUGACGCUGAGGUCUCCUUCACAGAUGAGCCAUCUAUGUCAGAAAUGAGCCAUUCCAACGGGAUUUACAGCAACCUCAGCGAAGCGUCCCCGGCUCUGGGCAGACCGGCUGGGAGCAACGGGAGCUUUGCUCUGGAUCACAGCGGCCUCCCGGCUCAGGACCAGUACCACGACCUGCGGUCCAACAGCCCCUACGGCAUACCCCAGUCACCAGCUUCCUUGCAGGCGCUGCCAGGCCACCAGCCUUUAAUCUCCAGCUUGGUUUACCCAGACAGCGGCUUGGGCCUCAUGGGACAGGGCGGACAAGGGGUGCCGCAGUCCAUGAGAGUGCUGGCCGGGAACGGCCCCAGCUCCGACCUCUCCACCGGCAGCAGCGGCGGCUAUCCGGAUUUCCCCGCCAGCCCGGCCUCUUGGCUAGACGAAGUCGACCACGCUCAGUUUUGAUACAGGCUCCGGCACGGUGCAAUGCGAAGGGAAAGGACUUGGUGCUGUUAAGCAUCGUCUGCUUUGGAAAUAAAGGCUGGACAGCCGGCGGCUGCUGAGCGGGGAAGGAAAGCGCAAUGACACGGCGAGAGGGACGCGCUUUCGGGGGGUGACCCCGCGGGGGGCCAGCAAGGGACGGUGUGCGAGGGGAGCCGCGUCGCAGCGAUUAGCUGAAGGAGCGUCCAAACGAAACUGCUUACUGUGUCUUUACUCAACACCAAGACUUGUGCUUUACAGAUUUGAUAUAAGGUAUUUUGCUUUCUGUUGUCAGUGCAUUCUUCAAAGCAAGGACUUGCUUCAUCACUUAUCCACACCAAAACCUUUUUAAGAGAAAAUAAAGUCCUCAUCCACGGUAAAAGGUGUGACAAUGUCUAUAUUUCUAUAGGAGAAAUGUUGAUAGUGAAUCACUUCAGAAAUCCAUGGUAGAAAACUUCUCUGUUCUUCCAGCAGAUUUUUUAAAAAGUGCACCGAUGCGGUAUGUUUUGUUUUAUUUUGAAUUUACAUUAACUUUUCUAAAAUGGAAUCUCUUUAAUAUGCCAAUCAUUUAUCAGCAACUCUUUUCCUUUGUAAGGUGAAAAUGACAUGUUAGUUCUGCUUCUCAUCUUUUAAUUUGUAGAUUGCUAGUUUUAUUCUUCCAUAUAAGCAUUAAGCCGUGAAUAGAUGUAUUUAUUACCAAAUAACCACACUUUUCUCGCAGGGUCAAGGGGUGCUUUUUCUUGACCCAGGAACACUAGUGGCUCUGGGUUGUGAAACUUCUGCUUUCCUUUAUUGAUUCCUUCACAACAGUUUCACCGCAAAGCGUCUCAAAGCCACCCUGACGUCUCGUUGCCAAACACCUUCUCGGAAGGUCUCCCAGCAGGUGGUUGGGGCUGGUUUCGCGCUGCUCUUCUCGCACGGCCGGGCCCGCGUCCUCGCGAGCGCACGCUUCCCGGCUGCCCCUUCUCUGCUGGAGGCGUUUGAGUGCUCCCGCAGACGCAGUGCGAGCUGAUUGUGAGGAAAGGCAAGACAAUGUGUAUAUCGUUACCUGUAAAAACUAUUGAAUUAACUGUAGAUUAUGUGAAUGUCCAGUGUCUUUUAUUUAUAUUCUCGCUUUCUCUCUGAUGAUCAAAUACUUCACGACUACAAAUAAAUUUGUCAGCUAAAGUUUAAA